AUGGCCCUCACCCUGAGAGUUUACCUGGAGGUCCUGGUAAACUGUGCUCCUAGCUCAGGCAUAGAGCCGGGAGAACUACAUUACCCAGAGCAUUCUCCCCCGAUCGCCUUCCGCGUUAAGCCAAUCAGAACUCAGGAGAAGUGCACUUCCUAUGUGAGCUCGCGUGGGGGCGGGACUUCCGGCACUCUCCUGGUGGCGGUCGUUUUGUCGGCUCUUGGGUGCUAUCGCCCAGCCUCAGAGUCCGAUGGCGGCGGCGGCGCUGAGGGACCCGCCUCAGGUAAACGCUGGUACUCAGGGCCCGCGCCGCCCUCAUCCCACCAGACACUAAAGCCCCGAGUGUUCACGUGCCUGCAGCCCAGGCGCCGGGGUCCAGAACGUUGUAUUUCCGUGAGCCUGGACACUGCCAUCCUUCUGCGUAGAAUGGACAUGUUCUCAGCUGACAAGAUCUUGGUGAAGGUUGUUGGCAGAGGAAAGAUUCAUCUCUGUGAGAAAUGUGUCCAAGUCUUAAAAGAUAUUUUGCAGCUGACUGAGCUUCAGGCAGCAUAUCCUGGGCAGACACCAUACUUUGGUGGGUGCUCCAGAGGCUUCUGGUUGAACCCAAACCUUCACCAGUACCAAGAGCAUGGCAGUGGAGAAAAAGUCUUUAAAAUGGACAUGAACAGGGCCUCAAUUGUGAUGAGCUGCAUAUUCUAUGUGUCAGGGAAGCCCGUCCCUAGUGAGGAGACUGGAAAGGACUUCCUAGCUACCUUGGGCCUUCCUCAGCACCAGGUCACUCUCAACGGUGAGAAGCCACCCAGCAGCAUUCAACACCAAAGAGUUCAUACUGGAGAAAGGCCUUAUGAGUGCAGUGAAUGUGGGAAAUCUUUUAUCCAGAAAUCCAUCCUCAUUAAACACCAGCGAGUUCACACUAAUGAAAGGCCUUAUAAAUGCAGUGAAUGUGGGAAGAUGUUUAACCAAAGUUCUGGCCUCCUCCAGCACAAAAGGGCUCACACUGGGCAAGGCCUUACGAGUCCUUAUGAGUGCAGUGGAUGUGGGAAAUCCUUUAGUCAGAAAUCUGUCCUCAUUCAACACCAAAGGGUUCACACUGGAGAAAAGCCUUAUGAAUGCAGUGAAUGUGGAAAAUCCUUUAGCUGCAAAACCCAUCUCAUUCGACACUGA